AUAAGUUGGCUGCAGGGGUACCCGCAGCUCGGUAGCUCCUGCCUGCUCCCCCAAGUCCUCAGAUCCCCGAAGACCGUUAGGAACAACACCCAAUCAAUAGUAAUGGCCAGCUCUAUUCGCCAACGACUCCAACACAUCCACCUUCCGGGCCCUGUUCCCUACGCGACAGCAGCCCGCCUCCAGGAACUCCUCGUAUCGCGCUUCCUCGCCUCGAAACCGCCAUCCAAUGUUCCCCCACCAGCACCACACAUCAUAACUGCCGAGUUCACCCCUGUCUACACUUGCGGUCGACGAGAGAUCGGUACCGUUUCACCAGAGCAACAAGCCUACCUCCGCAAACCCAACGACACAAACAUUCGCGCAGACUUUGUCGAAGCUCUCCGUGGCGGCCAAACCACCUUCCAUGGCCCAGACCAACUAGUUGCCUAUCCCAUCAUCGACCUACGUACGCAUAAGCUUACGCCUAGACACUAUGUCUGUCUGUUAGAGAAAAGCCUGAUAGCCACGUGCGCAAAAUACGGAAUUAAAGCCAUGACUACAGAGAACACGGGUGUCUGGACGACUCCGGAUGACAAGAUUGCGGCGAUUGGAGUUCAUAUGAGACGCAACAUCACGAGUCAUGGAGUUGGGCUGAAUGUCAAUACAGAUUUGUGGUGGUUUGAUAGGAUCGUUGCGUGUGGAUUGGAAGGGAAGAGGACGACUAGUUUUGCCAAGGAGGGGGUGGUGGGAAAGAGUGUUGAAGAGGUUGCUAGGCGUAGAGGGUGUGGAGAGAGUUGGGAAAGAAACGGUUGAUGAGUUGUUGGAGAUCUCAAGAGGCGGAUGAAGGUUUUCGAUGCUACACUAACUUGAAGAUAUGACAGCAGAUGCACGACAACCAGCAUAUUGACAUGAGACUGCUAGCCAACUGACACAGGACAUCCGAGUUGUAGUCGUGCCGCUCGGAUGUGCCAUACCGACACCCGUUACUCCAGGACAUGAGCCUGAGCUGCAUCGCCACCAUGGCAGAUAAGAUCAGCGGUACCUGGCUCUUCAUGAGAAAAGAGGUAAUGCCAUGG